CGAGCUUUGGAUACCAUGAACUUUGACGUCAUUAAAGGCAAACCAGUGCGCAUUAUGUGGUCUCAGCGCGAUCCAUCUCUACGCAAAAGUGGUGUAGGAAACAUCUUCAUCAAAAACUUGGACAAAUCAAUUGAUAACAAAGCUUUGUAUGACACGUUUUCUGCUUUUGGAAAUAUCCUGUCUUGUAAGGUGGUAUGUGAUGAAAAUGGAUCCAAGGGUUAUGGAUUUGUACAUUUUGAGACACAAGAAGCUGCAGAAAGAGCUAUUGAAAAAAUGAAUGGUAUGCUGCUUAAUGACCGCAAAGUAUUUGUUGGAAGGUUUAAAUCCCGCAAGGAACGUGAGGCAGAGCUUGGAGCCAGAGCAAAGGAAUUCACCAAUGUUUACAUCAAGAAUUUUGGAGAAGACAUGGAUGAUGAGAGACUUAAGGAACUCUUUGGCAAGUUUGGUCCUGCCCUAAGUGUGAAAGUUAUGACCGAUGAGAGUGGAAAAUCCAAAGGCUUUGGCUUUGUUAGUUUUGAAAGACAUGAAGACGCCCAGAAAGCUGUAGAUGAGAUGAAUGGGAAGGAGCUCAAUGGGAAACAAAUCUACGUUGGCCGGGCUCAGAAAAAGGUGGAAAGGCAGACGGAGCUGAAGCGCAAGUUUGAACAAAUGAAGCAGGACAGGAUCACCAGAUACCAGGGUGUAAACCUUUACGUGAAAAAUCUUGAUGAUGGGAUUGAUGAUGAGCGUCUUCGAAAAGAAUUCUCCCCGUUUGGUACAAUCACUAGUGCAAAGGUCAUGAUGGAAGGUGGCCGCAGCAAAGGAUUUGGAUUUGUAUGCUUUUCAUCACCAGAAGAAGCCACCAAAGCUGUCACAGAAAUGAAUGGUAGAAUUGUGGCUACUAAACCGUUAUAUGUAGCUCUAGCCCAGCGUAAGGAAGAGCGCCAAGCUCAUCUCACCAACCAGUAUAUGCAGAGAAUGGCAAGUGUAAGAGCAGUACCUAAUCCUGUAAUCAACCCUUACCAACCAGCACCUCCGUCAGGUUACUUCAUGGCAGCUAUCCCACAGACUCAGAACCGUGCCGCAUACUAUCCUACUAAUCAACUCGCUCAACUUGCUAGACCUAGUCCUCGCUGGACUGCUCAGGGUGCCAGACCUCAUCCAUUCCAAAACAUGCCUGGUGCUAUCCGCCCAGCAGCACCCAGACCACCAUUUAGUACCAUGAGACCAGCUUCUUCACAAGUUCCACGAGUCAUGUCAACACAACGUGUUGCUAAUACAUCAACACAGACAAUGGGUCCCCGUCCUGCAGCGGCCGCCACUGCAGCUACUCCUGCUGUACGCACAGUACCACAGUACAAAUAUGCUGCAGGUGUUCGUAAUCCUCAGCAGCAUCUUAACACACAGCCACAGGUUGCUAUGCAGCAGCCUGCUGUCCAUGUGCAAGGUCAGGAACCAUUGACUGCUUCGAUGUUGGCUUCUGCCCCUCCACAAGAACAAAAGCAGAUGUUAGGUGAACGUCUAUUUCCUCUCAUUCAAAGCAUGCACCCUACUCUGGCGGGUAAGAUCACUGGUAUGUUGUUGGAGAUUGACAACUCUGAACUCCUCCACAUGCUCGAGUCUCCUGAGUCUCUUCGUUCGAAGGUUGAUGAAGCUGUAGCCGUACUACAAGCCCACCAAGCUAAAGAGGCUGCUCAA